AUGUUGACCGUAAAGAAGAUUGUCCAGCUGAGCGAGGGAAUGGAAAACAUUGCUCUCGUGGCGGUUGUAAUCGCUAAAAGUGAUCCUCGACUGUUCAAAACCGCUGAUGGUACCAGUGUCGCAAGUAUGGCCCGCGGUGUCCUCACACUAACACUGCGUGAUUCGGAACGGGACACGAUCAACUGUACAGUUUGGGCGGCAGCAGAUAUCAUCGUGCGUUACGACGAAACGAUCUCCAUCGGCGAUGUGCUGGAUGUGCAGAAACCACAGGUUAACGCGUCGUUCUAUGGCCGAUCCGAACAAUACUCUCCCCGUGUAACGUCCCCCUUUUCGCUGACCGUCAACGAACAAGCGGCUGGAAACCAAAUAGCACACCAUGCCGGUGGUCCCGAUCCGUACCUUAGUUCGUUGAUCCGCAUGCCGCUGGUGCGGCCGGAGGAGACGAUUCCACUAGCUGAUCUGGUGGCGAGUGGUGCAGGGUGUAGUGGUGAAACGUUCAACGUUCUCGCCGUCGUUCGGAGUGUGCGACCCGCUCGCCAGAUACGGAUCGCUCGACGGAAUGAAAGUCGGGCCUUUCGUGAGGUCGUACUGAUGGACCAGAGCCACGCCGGUGUGCUAUUGAAGCUGUGGUCGGCAGCGUACAUCCGUUGGGCCGAUCGUUGGCAACCGCUGGCCACCGUGCUGCUCAUCGUGGAUGUACGGACCGAGUACAGCGAGUACCACCGGUCGGUCGGACUGACCAUCGAUCGGAAGACGAUCAUUAUCCAGGAUCCGAACAUUCCGCAGGUCGUUGCGCGAUUGUUGCGCCAUGCUAAGGACGUCCCGAUGCAAACCGUCGACGUGGCCUGCUCGCUUUCAACAGGAACGAUCGAUCCGGCCACCAUCAACACCGUGAUGACGGUACAGCAAAUCCUGGAUCGAUCCGGUGGAACUGGCUCACAGAUCACGGAGGAGGACCAAUUCACUGCACUCUGCUACGCCGUCAUAACGCGCCUGGAUCUAGAUGGACCCGGCUCGCGAACCAUCAGCCACCGCUGUGGUCACUGUCAAACGUUCGUUGCGCGGCGAUCGCCCUUUUGCCCGAAAGAGGAUUGCCCAGGGUUUCGUACCCCACCGGUGCUGGAAUCGUUUUUCGAUCUGACGGUGGAUCUGACCGAUCACACCGGUACGCUCGUCGGAUGCCGGAUGGUUAGCGCUGUCGCUGAAACCGUCCUCCGAUGUGACGUCACAUCGUUCGAACGCAAAACGGAACAGCAAAGGACGGCACUGAAAUGGAUGUAUCUGCUCGAUCGGUGCGCCGUACGUUUAGUUGUAAAGCGCCGGACAGCGACCCGGUUUCAACAGCUCUUCUCGAUCGUCGGCUGCACGCUAAUUGAUCCGCUCGAGGUGGAAUCGAAGCUGAAGGUGUACUAA